UGCGGGCUUUUAGCUCGGUGACGUCACAAUGCCCGGCUUGAACCCUGGGUGUUUGUUGUGAAUCUUGUGAUCAGCUGAGCGAGGGAGGGAGGGAGACAGAGAGAGCGAGAGAGAGAGAGGCAAGGAGGCCGCCGUCGCGAAGGGGUUCUGAGUUCGCCUGAGACAUGAAGUUCCAAUACAAGGAAGACCACCCUUUCGAGUACAGGAAAAAAGAAGGGGAGAAGAUCCGAAAGAAAUAUCCAGACCGGGUGCCUGUUAUCGUGGAAAAGGCACCCAAAGCUAGAGUACCUGAUUUGGACAAGAGGAAGUAUCUUGUUCCAUCUGAUCUGACAGUUGGCCAAUUCUACUUCUUGAUUCGAAAGCGAAUCCACCUGAGGCCAGAGGAUGCCCUUUUCUUCUUUGUCAACAACACCAUUCCUCCCACCAGUGCUACUAUGGGACAGCUGUAUGAGGAUAACCAUGAGGAAGAUUAUUUUCUCUAUGUGGCUUACAGUGAUGAAAGUGUGUACGGGAAGUGAGUUUGCAAGCUUCACAGACUGAAAGGACUGUUGUGGGGAAAAUGGUCUCUCUGAUGGAAGCAAGAAGAGAGAGAAAGAACUGGACAACCCUCCUUCCACAUAUUCCCAUGCCAUCAUUUCUUGCACCUUUAUUAUAUAUUAGAUAUAGUUUUUACUAUUGUUUUGUUUAAACACUAUUUGAAAAGUAAGGUGAUUGGUGUUUUAUGAGAGAGAGAUCUGUUUGCCAAGUACUCCCACUUUCCAUUCAACUAACAGACCCUUCAGAGCAUCCAGUGGAGGAAAAGGAAGGUGUGUGGGAAACCCUGAUCUAGUCAUAUGGAUCAUGUGUUUCCCAGCCAGUUUGCCAAAGGGAAUUAAUAGCAAGAUACCCAACCCCUAACUGUCUCAUUACACCUGCUAUUUAAUUUAUAUAAAAUGGUAGCAUUAUCUUCACAGUCCCUAACAGCUGAAGAAAGAGUAAAAUGGACCCUUAUUUCCGAAGCUAUUUAUUCUUUGUCUUCCCUUCUGUUCUCUCUUCACCCUCCUUCCUUUUUCAUGUUCAGCAUCUUUAAUUAGUUUAUAUAUUACACUAGCAGUCUCAUAGCUACUAGUAAUUGAUGUCACUACUUAUGAAGGAAAUGGAGCAGAGUUCUACUAGGCUUAGCCAAUCUAAACAACAAAAUUAGGAGGACACCCAAUUGUUUCAGGGUGUAACAAGGUCUUGAGCAUCUAGCAUAAAAAUGUUCUCAUCACUUGCAUGUGUAUUUUGUGAUGUUAUGCUUCCUUGCUUGUCAGUAAAAGAGUGUUCACCCCUAAGUCACUAUCACAUCUCCAAAACCUGUAAUAUUCCUUUAAACACCAUUAAUGCAGUGGGGGAUAGGGGGACACGAGUUAAUUUUCAUAGGCUUUUGCCAUAAAUAUACAUGAGGAAAAUAUUAUUCUUAUUCUGAAGAGCUGCCAUUCAUGCCUUCCUCUAUUCCAUCCCCACCCUGAUAAACCCUUAACUAUUACACAAUAGUCACAAAGCAGGCCUUUUUGUAGCAAUGCCAAAGCAAUUUUUGUCUCAAAUGUGACAGUAAUAAUUCCCCUCCUACUUGUCUUAUAGCUGAUGUUCUAAAUUGGGGAUUUAUGGUGAAAACUAGGAAACUUUAUGUUGAGGCUUCUAGUGAAUUAAAUAUUGUGCUAAAUUUUCCAUUUUAUAGGACUAUUGAGGAUGUGUAGAAAAGAGACUAUAAGUAAAUAAAAUGGGACAUAUAUAUAAUAUUUUGCCCCCUAAGAAAAUAUAUAUGCUGGCUGGGGUGAGGAGGAGAUAGGUUUUCCUUGAGAAUUUUGAAAUUUUAAUCUGUAGAAGUAUUUGUGAAGUUAUGGAAACUGACAACAACCUAAACUCUGCUUCUGGUUCAUAUUUUUGAUGUGUCAUUCUUCUAAAAAAGGAGAUAUCAAGAGAUCCAGUGGAACAGUCUAUAUUAAGUGGCAUCUGAAGAGCCCAUAAUAUGAAAUGACAUUCAGUAACAAACUGAGGGGCAUUAUCAGAAGUCAAGGGCUUUCAUAAGAAAACUAGAAGUUCUACCAACACUGAGUAAGAGGCAUGUACUACAGUCAUAGCAGUCAAUGAAGGCUAAAAGAAGAAGGCCAGGGAGUUUAUUUGUGCUUUGAAUUCUAGUUUUGCUGCCUAGUUCUGACGUACCUUUUGAGGAAACUAGUUUUAAUUAAUAUUCUUAAUUCCUUCCAUUCCAAAUUGCAUUUGCUUUUGCUUGCUUGGUCUUUCUGUUUUCAGGUUGUCUUUUAAGAGGCACAUUCCAAAUCCACAACCACCCAUGUCAAGAUAUGCCUGGGGCCCCAAUGCACAUGGGUAUUCAGCUGUAUAUUUUUGCACCUAACCUCAGGAGAGAAGCAGUAAAUGCUGAAAGAGAACUUGAGUUAUCCCCUCCUCCAUGCUGCUGCUGUUGCUGCUGCUGAUUAAACAAUGUGUAUGGGAUUUCAGCAUUUGAAGAGUACUGAAAUAUGAUGUUUAAAGGUUUUAUUUUAACUGGAUUGUAGAAUUUUUCAUUAUCUCAGUUCCAGUUUGUAAAAGAUGGUGUUGAUUAUUCUUUCUAUGUCAUUAAUUGUAGGCAGCUUCAAGUUCUUAUAAAAAGUUCAUGCUAUAUCGGCUCAAUCAAUAAACACACACUUGAAAAUGUGA